UUUUUUUUUUUUUUUCGUUUAUGGAAUCUAUUUAAUCAUAUAAGCUAUGAUAAUUAAUAAUAUAUUUAUCCGAGUAGAAAUGAUCGAAAAUGAUACAAUUCAUUGAUAAAAGUAAACGGUAAACAAGUGAACACGGAAAUAAGUUUGUAUUUGAUCCUACUUUUAUUUUGUACUUUCGGUUUUCUCAAGUCUGUCAAAGACAAAGAUUCUCAUUUGCAUUGAAGCGCCUACACAUGGUCUUAAUUAACUUACAUGUGAAAUUGACUGACUGAGUAUAUGUAUUUGAUACACGGAGUCUACUAUCUCACCUGAACUUUGAAAAUGGCAUCUUUUGAAUCACAAGCGGUAAAACAAAGCAAUACCCCACAGGAAGUGCAGAAAUAUUCAAUAAGAAGAUUGGAGAUAUCUGUCAACAAAUUUAUCAAAGUCAUUACAAUCGAUAUAGAGAGACUGCAUCAACACAGACUCAAUGUGGAGAAGUUUAGUCGACUGAGCGAUUGGAAUGCUCUUCAUCGAGAAAACAUCAAUGCCACAAGAACCGUCCAACAAAUCAAAGCAAAUAUUAAAGAAAUCAAGAAGCUACGAACACAGGUUAUGGAUGAUGAUGUUAAAGAAUUCGAUAACAAAACCGAUCCGAUGGUUCAGCAGGCUGUAGAAACCUUACAGGACUUUGUGGAUUUAAGUACAGGGAUAUCCCAAAGUUACGACAAAACAGAGGACACAGAGGUUCUGUCAAACAGAAACAGAACUGUGAGUGAAAAUGAGCUUGUUUUUGCUGGAACCGAACAGCUACACCAUAUUCCUGACACUUCCAUGGCAGAGGAAUCCUGGGAAAAUUUACACGAGAAUUUGGUGGAAUUAAAUUCUCUGAUACACAAUUUUUCAAGUGCAGUGAAGACUCAACAGGAAGCUGUAGAUAGAAUCGAAGACAACAUUGAGAAAGCACACCAUGAUGUCCGGAAAGGAGCAUUUCAACUCGGAAAGGCAUCCAAAUACAAAGCUGCUAUGUUCCCAAUAGCAGGUGCUGUAAUUGGAACAGUGGUAGCGGGGCCAAUAGGAUUAUUUGCUGGGGCCAAAAUAGGGGGCAUUCUUGGGAUCGGAAUUGGGGGCACAGCUGGAUUGGUUGGAGGCAGGGUGCUAAAAAACAGACAAAACAAAGUCACUGAGGUAGAACUGAAAAAUAUGAAUCUGAAAAAAUCAUCGUCUCUACCAGACAUAGCAUCUCAGUCUAGUCAGCAGAAAAGCUGGUUACCAUGGAGAUGAUAAACGAUUCAGCAGAAUUUGUUUUGACUAGGCGUGUUAACUGAGCAGUUUGUGGUAUCAGUAUUGUUUUUUCAUUCCCUUAUCUACAUGUAUAUCAUUUAUUGCCAUUUUAUAAUUAACAUCCCAUGCAUCUGUAAUGAAGAAUUAAUAUUUAUCGAAUUUAUACUAUUAAAUUUAAGGACAAAUAUUGGACUGAUUUAUGAAUUUGCAGGACAAAAGAAGUAGAUUCUGAAACGGCAAGGUCAGCUGCAAAUUGAUUUAAUUUUUCACAUUAUGUUAGAAAAGGCUGAUAAUCAAUAAAGAAGUUUUUUUUAUGUUGGGCUGGGGUAAUAUAAAUAAUAAAACUUAGACAAAUGUAAGUUUUAAAGAUAAUGAAAAAGUUUUUGAAAUUGUUCAAAAGUAUAUAUUAUAGAUACUAAAAGGUUCUUAUAAGUGCUUAUCACAUACAGUUGAAUACACUUACCAAUAAUGCAAUUAUUAUUACAUGUACUUCUUCUAUUUUUCUUUUUAUGUUCAAAAAAUUAUUUUUUACCAGUACUGGUCUUUUCUGUUAGACCUUGUAUUUGUUUACAUCUUUCUUAUUUUCUUCUCUCUCAUUAUGUAUAUAUAUUAUAUGUUUCCCCUGUCUGUUUGUUUACCUUUUCUGUUUAUAUGUAUAUGACUUGUAUGUGUGUAUGUGUUUGUAUGUUUAUGUAUAUAAUUAUUUUGUGUGUUCCACUUCCAUUCUGACCUUGAUGUAGGGAGAGGGCUAAAAUAGGCUGUGCCUGUUGCCCAGUCCUAUUCAUUUCUUAAUAAAAUGUUGUUUUAAAAAAAUAUAGAUAAUAAAAUAUUAAUAUAUUU